ACUUUUUACUUUCUCUUAUAAUCUUUCUAGUUAAAAAACUGAUAUAACUAAAAAACUAAUUGUUUAUAAACUUGUAUAUAGUUUUGUAUUAUUUUCUUUUUGUUUCCCAUUCUUUUUAUAAACUUUCCUUCCAUUUUUCUCACAUGAUGCAUAAACCAAUUAUUGAAAAACCAUCUACCUUCAAGUUAAAAAAAAAAUUUUCUUGAAGAAACACACAAAGCAUGAAUCUCACCAAAUUUUCGCUCUUUUUUUGACCUUUGGGAUCGUUCUUUAUUAUUUUUUGAUGUAGAACAGAUUACCUUUGUUCUACAACAAAUCCUUACGCCCUUUUAUCGAAUUUAGAGCUCUUAUCAUAAACAACGUUAGUCAAAGAUGAAUUCUAAACGUCGAAUGGAUCAGUCCGAUGACGAAGGGCCUCAUCAUUCUCGUGAUAAAUUCACAAGCGAACGUAGAAACAGUGUUGAUCGCAGAGAUAUUCGUGACCGUGACCUUCGUGAAAGAGACCGUGAAAGAGAUCGCGAGGUUCGUGACUUCCGUGAUCGAGAUCGAGACCGAGAUCGAAAUAGGGAUCGUGGUAAUUAUGUUGAUAGACGCAAAAGAGAUAGUAAUUCUUCUCCCGAAGAUCGAAAUAAUGAUCGCCGCUCAAAAAGAAGGCGUUCGAUUUCCCCUGACCCAAGAAGACAACCGUCAGAUGGUGGUGAUCAUUAUAUUCCCAAUUACGAUAAGGAUGGAUAUACACCUGCUCCUAGGUAUGUUGGAAGGCCAGGGGAUAUUCGUUUCCCUCCACCUGGAUUUCCAGUAAUGCCAAUCGGUUUCAGCGUUGGUCCAAAUCCUCAGAUUUUACCCCCUGGUGCGCCUAUGAUGCCAAUGGAUUGGUCAGGUCCAAGGCAAGAAACACCAAAGGACCCAGAUCAAUUGGAUUUUUUGGUAACAUUCAAAUAUUAUUCUGAAUUUAUGCAACAUUCAAAUCCAAAAAAUCGCCUUUCCGAUGAAGAAUUGCACAAAAAAUAUAAUGAAUAUAAGGAAGCUUUUGCUCUUAAGCAAUUAAAAACUUUCUUUGAAUCACAUAAAAAGGAAGAAUGGUUCCUUGAAAAAUAUCAUCCAAAAUAUAUACAAGAGAGAGCUAUUGUGACAAAAGAACUGAAGAAAGAUUUAUAUAAACAAUUUAUUUCAGAUUUGAAAGAAGGUUUACUUGAUAAAAUUAACAAUGAUGCAUCUGAGGAUAGUGUCAAGCAAGAGGAUGGCGUGAAAGUUGAAACUAAAGAUCCGGAUGAAGAUUCAAACAGGCUUUUCAUAAAGAGUGUUUCACCGAAUAUUUCAAGACAAAAAAUAGAAGAAAUGUGCAAGACGAUUGAAGGUUUUCAGUAUCUCGCAUUAUCUGAACCUAAUCCUCAGAAGAAGUUUCAUCGUUUGGGUUGGAUCGUUUUUAAAGAAGGAACCGACAUGGACAGUGCAUAUGAUAAACUAAAUGAACAAAAGAUUGAUGAAUUUGUUUUUUAUCUUGCUCGUCAUAAGAAUCAAACCGGUCCUGUUCGUAAUAGAAUUACUCCCGAUGUUGCUAGUAGCAUUGAACGAUUGAAAAAAGAUUUGAAUCAAAUUCAGAAACUUUGUGAUAAAUUGGAUAAUGAUAUUGAUGGUGGAUUUGAAGGAAGCACAGAAAUUAGAACAAGGCUUGCUCAAUUUGAUAAUAGUCAAGAUCGUGACGAAGCAGAUGAUGUUAAGAGAUUAUUGGAUUUUCACAUUGAAUAUUUGCGUCGUACACAUAUGUUCUGCUAUUAUUGUGGCAGUGAAUCUGAUUCUGUUGAAGAACUUGCAAGAAAAUGUCCAGGUCGUCACCUUAGAGGCGUGCUAGGUGGCGAAGGAAAGACUUCUGUUAACAAAAACAAAGAAAAACAAGUUAAUUCUACUCAGUGGUUAAAGACUUUAGACCAUAAAAUAGCCUAUAAGACCGAGCCCUGGAAAUUUGAGAAUGAAAUUGAGAAACAUGGAGGAAUUAGCCUCCAAAAAGUUUUAGAAAAAUUUUAUCAAGAACACGUCGUCGAAGUAGAUCCUCAACGCAAGUUUAAAUGUAAACUUUGCGGCAAAUUAUUCAAAGGAUCCGAUUUUGUUAAGAAACAUAUUGAUUAUAAGCAUCACGAAACUGUUGAAAUCACUUCGAAUGAUACAAAAUUCUUUAAUAACUAUGUACUUGAUCCAAAUCAUCUACUUCCAACCACGCCACCUAAUCCGACAGCGGCAUUGAAUGUUCCUCAAAAUGUAACUCCUAUUCCAACAAAUCCGUUCUCAGUUAUGACCAACGCCCCACCACCACCAUUUAUGGGAUUUAACUUUCCGAUUGUUGGUGCUGCCGCUGGAACACCUCAUGAUCAGAUCCCAAGAAUUGGUUUUGAUGCAAGAGAAGAUGGACGUGAACGAGGACAAAAAAAUAGUCGUAAACAAUUAUCUCGAACACGACCAAACGAAAGCUCCGAUCCACGUCAAGUAAAAUCUUAUGUUGAUUUGGAUGCUCCCGCUGAAGGUGAUAUUGAAAUCAAGUAUUAAAUAAAGGAUUCUUUCGACUGAUUAAUGAACUUUUUCAGUAUUGAUGAGAUUGAAUUUGUUAUAUUUGUUAGAAUUAGACAUUCAUUGUCAAAAUUUCAUAGAGUUAUUUUUACUUUUUUUCUUUUUACUUUUAAUUUUAAAAUAUUUACAACGCCAAGACAUUAUGUUUGACAAUAAUUUGGUAAUCCGUCAAACCUACUUUUUAAUUUUAUAAAUAAUAAAAUAACU